AAGGUGCCGACAUAUGAAUACUACGGCUUCACACUCUACCUGACCAGCUCGCUGUCGUUCAUCGUCUAUCUUCUCUGGUCAUUCCUCCCCUCUCCAUUCCUCCAUCAACUCGGCAUCAGCUACUAUCCCAACCGCUGGUGGGCCCUCGCCAUUCCCGCCUGGACAGUCAUGCUGCUAGUCUACAUCUACGUCGCGCUGGCAUCUUACAACGUCGGCUACCUCACCCUGCCACUCACCAGUCUUGAAUGCCUCGUCGACGAAGCCGCCAAUGUCGCCGUCGUGGAC